CCCCCCUACUUCCUUCAUUGUUUCUCAUGGACUGGAAAAUGGAGCGUGUCUGACCCGACUGCAGCUGUAGAAAAUGCAGCUUCACUGACUUUUCUUUGUAAAGUAGUUCGUUUAAAGAAAGACAACCAUUUUCUUGGUGGUUUCUUUGGGAGAGCUGCUCAGAGGGUGAGGAGGAGAACCAAUUAAUGCCAUGGAAGCUCAAACAAGAGCUGAAGGAUUCACUUGUUGAUAUGUACAAAGCUAAUCCCAAAGUCAAUGAGGAACUGAAACAAAGGCUGCCGUCCCCUGUAAAGCGCCAUUGUUCAGAGACCACACCACAACCUGGGUUCUGUGGCCAGGGCUCCAGCCCAGAUAUCUCUCAAACCAGGUUGGAGACAGCGGCUCCGGAGAAAAAGCUUAAAGGUUCUGACUCUCCCAGGGCUAUAGACAAACCAGUGCAUGGACCCUCUCCACCAUUGCCACCUCCUCUACCAAACCCAGUUAAAAAUAUAGAUGACAUGAUGCUGUCCCCUCAAAGAGCCCCUACAGAGCAGAGCCUGGAUGUGGAUGAAGACGAGACGGACAACAGGGCUGUUAGCAAAUCACCUUGUAUUACACCUGAGCCAACAGAUCCCAGAAUAAUCACACAGGAGGGCAAUAGAAAUUCCAAAUUUAGUAAUGACACCAAAAGGCAAGUCCCAUUCCUGGAUAAAGAGAAGAACAUUGCAUUCCUGUUGAAGGAGCUGGACUCGCUCCGAGACCUCAAUAAGAAGCUCCAGGAAAAGCUGGCCUUGAAGGAAAAAGAGCUUGAGACAAUUCGAUUGGAUAGCCAGCUUCAGGAAGAGAAACUUGGGGCCCAUGCAUAUGAGAGAGCUGCAGCAUUAGUGGAGGAGAUUUAUAAAGCUCAGAGGGAGAGGGACCAGGCUGUCAUGGCCAGACUGCGGCUAGCUAAUGAGGAGCGGGAUGAGGCUCUUCUCCGAGCCAAGAAGCUUCAAGAGGCAGCACUUGAGCUGGAGAAUAUUAACCCAGAGGAAACUGACAUGGACUUGGAGGAGUUGCUCAACAGGGUGAGCAGUGCGGAUUCUGCCUUGAGUAUUGAGCAGAGUGGUAUGGCCAUCAUGGAGCGCAUUCAGAGGGCGAGGGAGUGCCGCUCUAAGAUCACCUCAGAGGAGAUGAAAGCUGUCAUAGAGGAGCGAGACAAUGCCUUAACCAGGUGCAAGUGCCUGGAGCAAGAGCUUCUUCACACCAGAGAGCUGAGCCAGACCAGCAACACCUGUCAAUUGAAUGUGGUAAACAAUCAGGAACGGGUACGCAAGAUGCAGGGAGAGUUGGAGGCUGUACAGAGAGAGAGGGAUAUGGCUCGGGAGCUUGGGCGCAAGUUAGAGGAGGAGCUCCAGUCUCUGCGUUGGUGCCACAGUGCACAGCAGAGCCAAACAGAUGAGUUUUGCAGGAAGGAGACACUAUGCUUGUCCUCUUCCACCCGUGUUAAGGACAGCAGCACAGUCCAAGGACAGAAUCUGCUGAGCCGUGUGCAGCAGCUCACUUCAGAACUUCAGAACACUCAGACUCGACUCCGGGUGACACAGGAGUCUGAAAGAGAGGCCACUGAAAAAGUGCACAAGCUUGAACGGCUGGUAGAUGUCUUGAGGAAGAAGGUGGGCACAGGCAGUGUCCGUACUGUGAUCUGACAGGCCGAUGGUCGACUGGAGCAGAUGGCCACAUCUGGUGACCAGGCUGCUGCGUUUAACUCUGAGCAAACAGCCGAAGCCCUUUGCUCGGCAAACAAGGGCUGGAAGUGCUGCUUGCUCUCACCCUCAGCCCUUCACUUCUUUCUCAUAACCUUCAUACACACUUUCUCACUGUUACAGUCUCUGAUCGAUACUUCUGCAAUUAGCAAUUUUAUCCCAGCUUUGUCUUUAUGGUUUUUUUAAUCUAUUGAUUUAAACAAGGUGUUUAAUGUGCAAUGGAUCAUCUGUAUUUAAUGAUGCGGAUAUUUAAUGUGUGACAAACAGUAUAAAUACCCCUAAAAUAGGUCUACACCAAAACAAUGUAAAAUGUUUAUAAGGUCUUUUUUGUAAUUGUAUACAGACUAAUAGGUAUCAUAUGUACAAUGCAAAUGUUGGAUAUGUUUUCAGUAGCAAUAAAUAAAAGGACCUUGAUUUCAA